AGGAGCAGCAGACAGCGGCGGUGCGAGCAACAAGAGCUCCCUUCUGAGCCCCCGACGCCUCGGGGAGUCCGCAGAGAGAGCCAAGGAGAGGCCGGGCAGGGGGAGGCAGAGCGGGGAGAGGAGCUGGGGCAUGAGGGGGAGAGCGGGGAGCGACAGUGCUGAUGUGGCGCCACUGUAGUACAGUGCGCGCGGCCUGACACCCUCGUUACUCCGCGUUACCCCGGGUGGAGUUCAUUCUGAGGCCGCGUUACCCCAGGUCGACGUUCGCACCCAGCACCUGCCCCAGGCCCGUUACGACUGAGUCGUCAUGUCGAGCGACGGAAGCGACGCCGAGGACGACCCCGUGGAGAGGGAGCAGCAGGGUUACAUGGAACCGCCCCCUACCCCCUCUGGAAGCAACGAUUGGGCUGGAUGUUCUCAUCGGCACUUGCACGGGAACGCUGACCAGCAUGAUGCUGACAGUGCUGUCAUGGCGCUGUGGGAAGCCAAGCAGGCGAUGCGACACACUCGGCCUGUGCUGCCCGACACGGUGACGGAGCUGCACACGGCGGACGGUGGGCGCGUGUUCCUGGUCGGCACGGCACACUUCAGUGACAGCAGCAAGGAGGACGUCGCCACGACGAUUCGCGCGGUGCAGCCGGACGUGGUGCUGGUUGAGCUCUGCCAGUACCGCGUGUCCAUGCUGAAGCUGGAUGAGACGACGCUGCUGCGAGAGGCUCGCGAGCUCAGCCUUGACAAGCUGCAGCAGGCCAUCAAGCAGAACGGCCUUAUGUCAGGGCUGAUGCAGAUGUUGCUGCUGAAGGUGUCGGCUCACAUCACGGAGCAGCUGGGCAUGGCCCCCGGAGGGGAGUUUCGCACAGCUUACCAGGAGGCUGGGCACGUGCCCCUGUGCCGAUUCCAGCUGGGAGACCGCCCCAUCCCCAUCACCUUCAAGAGAGCCAUUGCAGCGCUGUCGCUCUGGCAGAAGCUCAAGCUCACUUGGGGGCUAGUCUUCAUGUCCGACCCCAUCAGUAAGGAGGACGUGGAGCGGUGCAAGCAGAAGGAUCUGCUUGAGCAGACGAUGGCGGAGAUGAUCGGGGAGUUCCCAGACCUUCACCGCACCAUCGUGUCGGAGCGCGACAUUUACCUGGCGUACACUUUACGGCAGGCGGCGCGGCCACUGCGGCCCCCGCACUCGCGGCACGCCGCACCAGUACCGGCGGUGGUGGUGGGCGUGGUGGGGAUUGGCCACGUCCCCGGCAUUGAGAAAAACUGGGACCUCCCCCUGGACAUCCAAGCUGUCGUCAGGAUACCUCCGCCAACGCGCACUGCCCGCGCGGUGAGGCUGAUCCUGAAGGCCACCGUGCUGGGUCUGGCUGGGUACGGCUGCUUCCGCCUGGGCCGCUGGGGCGGCCGCUGGGGCGUGCGGAUCCUUCGCUGGUGACCGGGCCACACACCUUGCCCACGGUCUCUUCUUCAUCGCCAACACCAACGUCCCCCAACAUCGGGAUGCCGCCUUACAGAGGGCGAGAGACGGGAGACGCAGCAGCAUCUCUGGUGGUCGGGUGGCUGGCAUCCUGGCGGGCGCUGGUCUCUCGUCAGCCUUGCUGCUGCUGAACACUUGGCACUUGCAUGAGACUGCGUGCGAUAUAGGCAGAGGGGUUAGCGCUUCCUGGCGCUGAUUGAGGGGACAGAUGCACCUGAAAAAUCAUGUGCAAUUUGUAUCCACAGUUUUUUUUCGCCGUAAGCCCUCGCGACAGCACAAGCGAGUGUCCGUGGGGAGCGAGCGUUACGUUGUCAAAAGCUGUUGUCACGAUUGUUUAGCUGCACACCGCACCGUGUGAAAGCUCUGCUGCUCUCUACACGAUUACGAGUUGGUAAUAAAAAUGACUUUUGCAGA